CCCCUUCCUUCACAACCAUCUCCCUAACAGCAGCCCCUCCAGACAUGGCCUCAAAGAGAGCAUUGGUGAUUCUGGCUAAAGGGGCAGAGGAGAUGGAAACUGUAAUCCCCACUGAUGUUAUGAGACGAGCUGGGAUCAAGGUGACUGUUGCAGGCCUAACAGGAAAAGAACCAGUGCAGUGCAGUCGAGAUGUCUUCAUUUGUCCUGAUGCCAGUCUUGAAGAUGCCAGAAAAGAGGGGCCUUAUGAUGUUGUCGUCCUGCCUGGAGGGAACCUUGGAGCUCAAAACUUGUCUGAGUCUGCAGCUGUGAAAGACAUUUUGAAGGACCAGGAAAGCAGAAAAGGCCUGAUUGCUGCAAUAUGUGCAGGUCCUACUGCUCUUCUGGCACAUGGCAUAGGGUAUGGAAGCAAGGUCACAACACACCCUUUGGCCAAAGACAAAAUGAUGAAUGGAGCUCACUACUCGUACUCGGAGAGCCGCGUGGAGAGGGACGGCAACAUCCUCACCAGCCGCGGGCCCGGCACCAGCUUCGAGUUCGGCUUGGCCAUUGUGGAGACCCUGCUGGGCAAGGAGGUGGCUGAACAGGUGAAGGCACCUCUAAUACUGAAAGAGUGAAAGCCUGGUUGGGAUAGGGACUAGGACAAAUUUAGAUAGAGAGUCUUACCCUUUGUAGAAUAACUGUAAUGUGCAGUGUUGUAAAUACACUUCAGUUGUGGGUGAAAUUAGUAACUGUACUUACCUGAACUGGGAUACCUUAACAAACCAAAGGUCUUCAUUUCUGAAAAAAGAUCCUGUUAGCAAAAAGCUUCAUCACAAAAAAGCAGCCAUCAUCUCAUAAUCCUACUUAGUUCUUGAAUGGUAUUUAAAAAUCACACGAAAAAAUGUUUGCUGAAUAAAUAAAAAUGGAGCAUCCCUA